ACAGUGGGGCUGGUUUGUUUCGCCUCCGCGUCCCCUCAAGCGGCGGGACUGUCGCCCGCGGACCCCUCAUUUGUGCUCCGGAGGCUUGGCAAACCAGGAUCCCAAACAAAAGAUUCACUGUGGCUCCCAGACCAGCACUGACCCCUUUAUUUGCAUUUUAGACCUAUUUAAGAACACAAAGCAAUAGUCCAAUAAAGAUUACAAGAGUAGUUCUUCGUUCUGAAGUUCCAGGCAUUCUGGUCAUAGAUCAAGUAUGGCUGCCUAUGAGGGCACAAUAAUUGGGACCUCGUCAAACAGUACAGAUGCAUUCUGCAGUUCCAGUGACGGUUCUUCAUUUCAACCCAUCAAAACCCAAGUAGCCAUCCCUACAGCUCAUGUUAUGCCUUCCAUGCUGGAUAGAUCUCCUUGCUCAGUGGGGAAAUCAAGCACACCUCGGACCACCCUGGCUUCCUCCCUGCCAAUCUCUUCAGGUGACACAGAAGGGAUGAUGUUUAGCCAUGAUCCUGAAUCUCUGAGACACUCUCAAGUGUUCCACAGGAGCCCUCCUCAUCUGUAUCAGACUUCAGUGGAAAAUGGUUGUGAUCAAUCAGUGUUCCUUACUUCUGAUCAAACAAGUGUGGAGCAUGCUCAGAAACCCGUCAGGCUGGCUGCUGAACUCACGUUUAACCAAUCUGCUUUUCUAGAUAGGCAGUCCACUGGUCCUUGGUCCCAGCUCCAAAUGUGCACUCCAGAUAUCGGUGCUGCUGCCCUAGAAAAAGAACCAUGCAAAGUGUUGCUAGAUGCUAAACCAACAACAGAGGCCAAUAGAGUCUGUGAAAAGUUUAGUCCUGCUAGUAUGUAUUCCAGCCCCACAGGUGCUCAGUCUCAGAUGUGGAAGCAGGAAGCUUGCACUCUACAUCCGCAGGAGAAUUGUGCACUCAGUGCCUGGAAACAACACUUGGAUCGUGUUCGGCUACAACUGGAGCAGAUGCAGCUGCAAAAUAAAACCGCUUGCUACCAUCCCUUUGUGAACAACACUUUACUGCACACUCUUGAUCCAGGCCAAUGGGUUGGUAUCGUGAAUGCAAAUGAGAACCUGCUCAGAGAGAAAGAAAUUCUCAUUGACAGGCAGAGACAGCACAUUUCCCAGCUGGAGCAGAAAGUACGAGAAAGUGAGCUGCAAGUCCACAGUGCCCUUUUUGGCCAUCCUACUCCUUAUGGAGACAUGUGCCUGCUCAGAAUGCAGGAAUUGCAGCGUGAGAACAUAUUCUUACGGGCUCAGUUUACUGAAAAAACAGAGUUGCUCACUAAAGAAAAGAUUGAAUUGGAGAGGAAACUGGCUGCUGCAGAAGCGGGUGUGAAACAGGUCCAGGAGGCUCACAAGGAGACAAAUCAGAAGCAUACAGUGGAGCUGAAGAAGCAAGAAGAAAGGGUAAAGGCAAGAGACAAGCACAUUGAGCAUCUGAAAAAGAAAUGCCAAAAAGAAUCUGAGCAGAAUCGUGAGAAACAGCAAAGAAUUGAGACUCUGGAGCGCUAUGUUGCUGACCUCCCAAUGUUAGAAGACCAUCGGAAACAAAAUCAGCAGUUAAAGGAUUCUCAGCAGGCAACUACAGCUUUGCACGAAACAGUGACUGUUCUUGAGAGGGAACUUGGAGAUGUCCGUGCCAAUUGCAGAGAGAAGGAGCUGCAGCUGGAAAUGCAGAAACACAAAGAAGUGGAACUGCUUUCUACUGUACGCAGUUUGCAAGACAAGGUGCAGUGUGGGAAGACGUCCGCAUCAGAAGACUAUGCCCAAGUCAUAGAGAGAGAGAAACGAGAAAAGGAUUCUAUGCAGAAGGAACGUGAUCUCCUCAGAAAGAUUGUGGAUAAUCAGAAAAAGAAAAUAGAUCAGUUAUCUUCACAAGUAAAGGAUCUGAAGGAACAAAUAGCUCAGGAGGAGGGCACAGGCCAAGCUCUGAAAGCAGAAGCAUUGAGACAGGAGAGUGCCCUGCAGCAGCUGCGUGUAGCUGUGAAAGAGCUAUCUGCACAGAAUCAGGAACUGAUGGAGAAAAGCCUGACUCUUCAGGAGCACCUCCGACAGAUAGAGCCAGCUCAGCUACUGUCUGAUGAGACGGCCCGCCUUACCCAAGAGCUGCAUAAUGAGUUGGCCAGCUGCCUGCAGGACUUGCAGUCUGUCUAUAGUGUUGUAACCCAAAGGGCUCAAGGAAAGGAUCCCAACUUGUCUUUACUGUUGGGGAUUCACACUGUGCAUUGCUCAGUUAAAGAAAAGGAAGACUUGCUGAGACCAGACAUGCUAGCAAAGAAGUUGGACAAUGUGAAACAGCUGCACAAAGAGAUUGAGGAUUUGCGGACUGCUAUUUCUGAUAGAUAUGCACAGGAUAUGGGUGAUAACUGCAUCACGCAGUGAAGACAAAGACGGAACCUGAGGACUAAGAUUCCAUAUCGAUGAGAGCUGCUAUGGGCUGGGGUUUUCAGAAAUUCCUUAAUAUAUUAUCUUCUGUGGUGGUGCCAGGUGGAGCCUUUUCCCAUAAUGGAAUAAUUGUUUCUCUGGCCAGGAAGCAUCUUGGAGGGAAAUGUUUGCUUGGCACGCACUUCCCUUUUAUUUGCUAGAUCUGAGCAAGCUACUAAAUAGUUGGCCCUUCUGGACAUGGGUCUUAAAAACUGACAUAUGUGUAGUUUUAGGGCUACUUCCUGCUGGUUGUUGCAUUCUAGGAGCUAUAGAUUUUCUUCAGCCAAGUGUCUGCAAUCAUGUGGGGAAAUGUGUGAGCAGAGCAGUACGUGGUUACAGCCAGCAGUCAUUUCUGUAAUUUACAGCAGCACUUUUUCCAGACACUGCAAUCAUGGAAAUUAUUGUGACAGUUUGAGCAAGAAGAUACAUGUGCAAUUGUGGGCAUGUGCAUAGCUGAGGCGGGGCUAUAGUAGCACGAGUGGGAAAGAACGGAAUUGGAUUGGGUAAAGAUGUUCCAAAGUAAGUGUGAACGACGACGAAAGGUCUGUGUUGGCAGCACUCUGUAAUGGAGAGGUUUGAUCUGAAAUUCUUUUUGAGUUCUCUGAAGUGUUCUUUCUGGUUCCUUUCUGAACCGGAAGCAAGAAUGUUAUACUGAAGUUUUCAAAGGUCCACAAAAAGCCUUUCUAUCUUUGUAAGCCUGUGACGGUUCUCCACAUGUCUAAUUGCAGUGGUGGGGGGUGGGGGUGGGGGUGGUAAAGGAUAUGACCUGCACUAGUGAAAUGGAUGUUUCCAGUGUCAGUGCACCCAUAAGGACUAUAUCAGCCUUCCCCAACCUGCACCCUCCAGAUGUUUUGGACUAUGAAUUGCAGCAUUCUUGACCAUUGACCAUGCUGGCUGGGGUUGAUGGGAUUUGAAGUCUAUAACAUCUGGAGGACACCUGAUUGGGGAAGGGUGGGUUGAAUGUUCCCCUGCAGAUGCACUUUGUAAACAAGCCUUCCCUAACCUGGUGCUCUCUAGAUGUCAUGGGCUUCAAAUCCUAUCAGCCCCAGCCAGUAUGGCCAAUGGUCAGAAAUCCUGAAAGUUUCAGCCCAAAACUUCUGCAGGGCACCAAGUUGGGGGAGACUGUUUUACACUAUAUUUUUGUAAUGUUUUUUUUUUUUUUACCAAGUACUAGUUUGACAUUCUAAAUUGUGUGGAUUUUCACACUGAAACGCCUUAAUUCUUUCUAGAAAUAAAGUCUGAAAGAUCAUCUGCAUUCUUAUAGGUGUGUGCCUGCACUGCAGCACUUGAUCGAUGCUUCAUGAUUACCCCCAACUCCUUGAGUAGCUUAUGACACUCUCUAUUCUUCAUGUGGAUCUGAUUCAUUGAUUUCCAUGAAACAGUGAGAUAAUAGAAGUUCAGUGGUUAGUCAUUAAGACUUAGGGCACUAUGUAUUGAGAUAGGGGUGGGGGGAAGUCCUACAACUCUCAGCAUUCUCCAGCCAAUGUGGCUGAUUGGGGAAUGCUGGGAGUUGUAGGCCUCUUUUCUGUCUAGACCUGCGUAGAAUUACAGCCUAAGUGGAUCUAUGCAUCCUUUCCCACGAGUUAUAGAAUGUAGAUGGGGGAUGAGUUCUUGAACGUUCCACCUGUAUUCAAAACAAAAUCUCUCCAUCUUUAACAUUAGGACCUUGACAAGAAAGCUUUUCAAGGCCUCUUUCUUUGAUGUACCAACUUUCUAUAAAUAGGAGGUUCUAGUAUGAUACAAAUUUGAAUCAGGUAGUUCUUCACUCCCAUACAGUUAUGUCAAUAUGGCAAUGUGUGAACAUAACUUUAGGUAUAUGAAUACACAUGCAAUUACCAACUCAAGCAGUUUACUGUAAAUUGACAAUGAGCAUUUGUUACCUGCAUCGCUCCAUCCUGCCACUCCUUUCUCCCCACAUGGAUGAAAUUGCAAAACUCCUUUCAAAAAUCUGUGUCUCAACAUGCAUUUGUAUGUAUCUGAAUAACAUCCCAGCAGCAAUACCUUGUUAUGAAUAUUUUGUUAAAGUACUUCCCACUUGAAUACCUUUCGUCUGAUCUAUAGUCUUGAACAUGAAAAACUCCUGAAUAACUUAGUUUAAGGAAAGAAAUUAGAAUGAGCUAAACCGAAGAAACUUGGUAGGUAGUUUCCGUUUAGGUGUGCAAUGUGUUGGUGUCCUUUCAGCCUUCGAUGCAGAAAGGCAAGUGACCAUGCACUGAACCUGCAGAAAGUUGUGGGGGACAGGACACAAGCAGCCUCAAAGGCUAAAAUCUGUUUCCAGAACAGACGAUGCGGAAACGGAACUUUUCUUGGCAAGUUAGUGACUAAUUUCCGGAUGGAAUCAUCUUAAGCACGUGGGGGGGGGGGGGGAGGAAUGCAAUUAGAGGCACAGCUGUACUAUCAUUGUAGGGCUUAGUGUUGGAAGUGCUAAAUCAACCCUUCCCUCCCGAGCACCUGGUAUGAGCAUGAGAGGAUGGUCUCAAAUGGGAAUAUCCAACUUCCAUAUUCUGGUAUUCACCAAGGAAGAUGGCUUGCUGAAUUCAGCCUAUUGCCCAAAAGUACCUUAUCCAAGAGUGCCGCAUUUCUGAAAGUUUAAUAGAAAUGUGGCAUUUGUGUAACUUUCUUCCCUUCGAGAGCUUCUUCUCUCCUCAGGCGCUGUUUACAAAAUUCACCCUACUUCUUUAGGAAAGCCUCAACUUUAUGACUCCAGGCAAGUGGAGGGAGUAGUUACUUUGUUCUCAUGGCAUUUGGCAGAACUUGUUUGCUAAUGGAAGACAUGCAUGUCUCUGCACCGGGGGGGACACCAAAUCUCAGGCCUAUAAUUUUAAUAUCUGAGUCAUUCAUUUUGUCUUUGCUUGUACCCAAAGAGAACUUGUUCUGCCUGAGUAUUUGUUACUUAGUAUUUUUGGUUAUAAAAUAAAGUGGGUUUUCUUCUUUUGAAAAA